AUGUACUCUGUGAGAUCAGGUUUCUCUCAAACUGGGCUGACUGAUGUGAUGAUUAAAAGUGUCAACCCUAUAUGGGGACUGAAGAAAGUUCUGAUCUAUGGGGAUCUGUGUCAGGAAAGGAGGGCACUUGGAGAACCGUUGUCUCAGUUCAUGUUACUUCUCAGCCUGAUGAUAUUCUGUAAAAACUGUCUUAGCAACAGUGUCUCUCUAUCAUAAUAACUGGCUGGGCAACAAUCUCUCUCUCUCUCUCUCUCUCUCUCUCUAUCUCUCUCUCUCUCUCUCUCUCUUUGUCUGACUUCAGAUUGUUCCGAGGUCAAAUCUAUUCAGCUGUUCUAACAGUCAUAUAUCGAGCUAAAGAUGUUUACUGACUCCACAUAAAAGGAAAACGUAGAUUGCAGAUACACUAAUAUCUACCAUGUGAUUUAACUCUACAUGUUCCAAUGUCUUUUUUUCCCACACGUGCUCUGCGUUUGUGGGCAGCCUUUGAGAGAUAUGAAAAUGUGGAUUAUCACCGUAACCCGUUAGGCACAGUGCCACGAGCAUGAGCUCAUUCUUAUCUGUGAUACCUCAGCCGCUUUUUUCACGCAUGUUUUCCGUGACCACCCUUUCACGAGGACGAUGGCGUGGCAGGGGUGAAUCGCGAACAUUUGAUAACUGGCGUCCAAGAUGCUCACUACGAAGAUUUCAGCUCCUGGCUUUGGCUGAGACUGGGACGCUCUUUGUAAGACACUGAUUAUGGAAUAGUAAUCGCGCCAGUGUAAAAUACAUAGGGGGGAAAUAUAAGCUUAUAAACCUUAUGAUUUGCAUGUAGCUGUAGUCCGGGGUGCUUCGUUUAGCCUUACAUACCGACCUGACGAUGUGUAUGUUGGCUUAAGAUGCCUUGUGAUGAGUUCCGUUUCCAAAAGCGGCUACAGAUUUAGUGUACAUUUGUAAGCCAACCCGCUUUUCGUUCUUUCCCCUCCCUCUCCCACUCUGCUCGAGCUGCCGCUUGACUCGUGGUGUCAGUGGUACUACUGGGAGAGAUGCUUGGCAGUGCAGCAGAGAACGGGGGCAUCUUUCGGCACGAGAGCGUCUAAAUAAAAAACAUUUCUGGCAUCCUUAGAAGGCAGAAUUUGUAAUUGACCUGCCGUGAUAUGCAACACGUUUUUCGAUCUAGUAUAGGCUAUAUAGUUGACGGCUGAAGGAUUAUCUGGCGAUCUUGGGUUUUUUUUUAUUUUUCGUCUUCUUGUUUUUAGCACGCUUUCAAUCUCACGGUUUUUUUUUAUCCGUUUCUCAUAUUUAUCGACCGUUCAAACCGCCACCCUGAAGUUCAUCGUUGUUAUUCUGGCCGCCGGGAUGGUGGCUUUUGUUGGAGCUGUUAUCUGCAUCAUCGCUGCGGUCCACGGUGGCUCACCUGCAGCUACCUCGACCGCAGCGCAGCUGUCCGACAACCAGUCGCUGUCUCCGGGCGCAGGUGGACAGUCUACCCCCUCAAAAUCUGUAGCUAGGGCUGGACCGCUGAACGCUCUCCAUGGUGCUGAUACGAUCAGCAGAGAGAGGGUCAGCCCGGAGGCUCCCAUCUUCUAUGGUAUGACCGGAGUGGGAACCGGUGCCACCGGCAGUGAGCAGCAGGUAACCUACAGCAGACUCAUUUGUACCCCAGUUCCCCCCGGAGAGUGCAAAUCGAAAAACUUUCAAGCUGACGACCAGUCACUCUAUGCUGGCGAGGACUGGGGUUAUCUCCGCACGACGGCCGAGGAGCUCCGGCAGACAGUGCUACAACAAAAGGACGAAAUUAUCACAGACCAACGGACCAUACAGGAGCUAACGGGAAAGCUCUCGGAAUGCGAGAGUGGAAAGAAACGGAGCGGGAAAAAGGUAGAGAGGGACCGUCUUGAGAUGCAGGACGAUGCAAGAGCUUCGGCGUCGGUGCUGACGUCCCUCGUUAUGGAAGAGCUGGAGCAAGCCAUACUUCAGAUGAAAGACCGUAUUGAGAAAUUGGAGGCAGAAAUGACACCGCAGGCCCACAACCACACAGAGACUGGGGUGAAGGGCUCUGGAAAUGGCCCCAGUGCCAUCAAGGGCCAGGGGGCUGUGGUGCAGAGGAGAGUGGAUGAUCUGGAGGGGGAGCUGAAGAGAAAGAUGAAGCUUCUGGAAGAAGAGAGGAAGGCACUUCGCAAAGAGACAGAGAAACAUCAACAGCACAUUGACCAUGGACUGGACACUGUCCACCAGCGCAUUCACAGCCUUGAGCAAGGUCUGUCUGAGAACAGGUUCCCAGAGGGUUACAGGCUCUCUUUUCCUGUGAGGAGCAGCUCUAUGUAUGCUAUGGUGAAGCGAGCCAUCCCUACGCUCCACGCCUUCACCAUCUGUAUGUGGAUAAGACCUGCGCAGAGCAUCCUGGGAACCGGAGUCUCCUACGCCGUGCCAGAGCAAACUCAUGAGCUGGUGCUGCAGCAGCUGGUCCAUGGCCCCACUGAGCUCAUCAUCAAUAAUGAGGUGGUGCAGUUUCAUCUCAACCUGACAGUGGGUAUGUGGCAGCAUGUGUGCAUCAGCUGGAGCAGGAGAGGUGGAAUUUGGCAUGCUUACCUAGGAGCCAGACUAAAAGGUGAGGGGAGGGAACUGGCAACACGCCACUCCAUCCGGCCUGGAGGAACACUCGUCCUGGGCCAGGAACAGAGUUCAAUGGGUGGCCUUCGUUUUGAAGCAUCUCGUGCUCUGGUAGGCGAGCUCUCUCAGUUUAACAUGUGGGAUCGGCCGCUCACUCACACAGAGCUCUCCGCACUGGCACACUGCAGCACAAGUAUCCUGGGUAAUGUGGUCCCUUGGACCAGCCGUGAAGUGGAAGUGUUUGGAGGGGUCACCAAGCAGCCAGCUGAACGCUGCAUCCAUCAUGCUAGUGUGCGGCAGUGAGGGGUCAGCAGAUACUCACCCAAGGGUCAGCCUUACUCUGAGUGGUGUGUCUCAGUAUAGGUCAAGGUGAAAGCAAAUUGAUUUCUGAGACACUAGGACACUUAUCAUCAGACAUUAUUCCAUUUUGCCUGGAGUAAAAAUAUAAAGAAAUUUUGGGCUUUUAAUGUUUCCUUAUUUGGAAGGAUCCUCAGAGGCCUUCAAGAGAAAAGAGGGAUUUGUUUAAGCUUUGACAACUUGAAGGUUGACUUUGAUACACUGUCUAGUUUGAUACAGUGUCUAGUUAGUUUACUUUUCACAGAGUUGUCAGAAGUAAAUGUUCGAUGCCUGUGCUGCAUGGUGUGUUUUGUUCAUACUACUUUGAUCUUUUUUCAUCAAAGACUGAUAAGCUUUUCACACAAGCAGCUCGGAACAGUCUUAUAUCAGUUUGUCUACUUCUGUUCUUUUUGUCUUUAUAUAUAUAUAUAUAUAUAUAUAUAUAUAUGAAACGAAAUCUAUAUAUAAUUUAUUUAUUUAUGAUAUAUAAUUUAUUUAUUAUUUAGAUAUUUAUUUUUUUAUGUCUCCUGGUUUCUAUGGUGAUGUUGAAGAGAGGAAGGCUUACACAGAUUGGUCAGCCAAGUGUUGAGCAGUGAGAUAUUAGAUUUUUCCUCAUGUAAACAGAACUAAGACCUAUCAUGCUCUGGUUUGGUUUCCCUGAAAAGAGCUGUUCAGAAUACAGUUCUGCUGAGAAAGGAAAAAUAGAUUUAAAAGUCCGAAUGACCAGUAGGCUCUCCAAUUCAGAAAAGAACACAUUAAUGUUAAUACAGUGACCUCUUCUGUUUUUUGUGCCAUGACACAAAAUACUGUCAUUUUCCUCUUAAUCCAAAAUGUUACAGGCAUAGACCUCAGUAUAAGUAAAAAUCACAAACUACAACAUGACUUUCUAGAACUUUCCAUAUGUUGAUAAUGCAGUAUUUUUUGUUUGUUGUUCAUUAUUCAUUGUUGUUAAUAUCUAUACUUUUUAUUGUUGAUGAAUGUGGAAUAUACAUAUCAUCUUCUUAUAAAUCUAUUUCAAAGACUGAGAUACUGCAAAAAGUGUAUCAUACAAUAAAUAUUGUGUAUAUGUCAUAUGAAAUUGUAUCAUAUCUGAAGUCUCCUAUACUGUUAUAUCAAAAAUUCUGCGAUGCUUAAGUGACAUGGAUUGGAUCCUGUUGGGAUGUGUGGACUCAAGCAUGGGUUUGAGAUCAGAAUACGUCAGCAAGGAAUAGACUUAUGCUGACAAUGGUCAAACCUUUGGUCCAAACCAAUUGACAAUAACCAAAAGUGCUGGAAGGAUAUUGUUACAGUUUUGCACAUUUCGUGGGUGAUGUGAUAAUGGCAGUGCCAUGCAAUAGAACAGCAUGAGGGGAAAGAAAUUUGACAUUUAUCAGAAAUGGCCUGAGACUGGGGAUUAAACCCUUUAUUAUGACCAGUAUAUUCACUGAUUCUCUGUCCUGGAGAUCACUGAUGUCCAGUUCACACUCUGUGUUGUUGUUACUGUGAAGCCUGUUAUAUGUUCAGAGUUUGGAUUUACGUGGUCACUGUGCUGUCAUAUACUUGGUGUGUGCAUUAAAAAUAGCUCAUACAUAAAUAUAUAUAAAUAUAUAUUGGUUUGCUGGUUGUUCUGAAGGCUAUGAAACUUUUAGUAGCAAGAAUGUGUUUGAAUUGAAGCUUUCUCUCUUUGCCUGGUCAUUUUUUUCUGUACUCUAUUUUGGAGCUUGUUUGCUUUUUCUAAAUUGAUCUCUAAUCUAGUCUUGCAUUCUUGUGUUUUGUCACUGUGUAUACCUGACUGGGAGACCAAAUGUGCAAACUCUUAAGUACACUAUGAGGAAUAAAAUUUACUUAGUAACUGA